AUGCACCGCACAGGGGGCCGGCAACUGGCUCUACGCAACGGUGCUGGCAAGGCCACCGCUGGCACGACAUGGCUACGUGUUUUUGUAGCUGCCUUAAUUACCCUCUCGACUGGGUCGGCAGUGCUGUACGUCACUAUCCUCGGCCUCGACGAUGUUUAUUCGGUGCGAAACAGCCAAAACAUCUACUACGCGAAUAAUUCGCUUACAGCGUCAAAUGACACGUCCUCGGCGACGCGGGACCCAGUCGAAGGCCAAACAUUACUUUUUCCUGAACUACACGCCUCUAUUGGCUUCCACACCGUGUGCGUCAGUCAUAACUGCUUCGCGCGCUCUCAUGUCAGUGGCAUCUCGGCCCUCGUCGCGAAUGCGGCCCAAGGAUCCACGGGGCCCCCUCUACCCGAACGUCUGGCUAUCGCGUACGAGGAGGCAACGUCCCAAUACAUCUUCGGCUUUGACAUAGGCACGCCGUGCGGGACGUCACGGGCCAAGAUACAGUCUCUUAGCAACUUGGGCGUGGCCGCGUCGGCGUUGUCACUUGUAUUGGUGCUCGCUCUCUUCGCCAUAAGCAUGAUUCUCUGCUGGCUGGUCGGCGACGCGACUGUCAACCACGAGCUCCAUUGCGUAACCGCUAACACGGUGGACCUGCCGACACCGUAUGUGCUGCACAAAAUGAGCCGGCAUCUACGACUGAAAAAGACGCUUCUCUAUAGCGCCAUCCUUAGCUUAUUGGUCUUUACGAUGGCUCUCUGCACGAUGGGUGUCGCGGUCGGACUGAACGGGAGCACGUCAAAAUGUGGACAGUCUGUCUGCGCUGCGUUUGAACGGGCCAUGGAGAACUUCUAUGCGCUGGCAGACUCCUUGAGCAUGAACGUCUCCACACCGCGCGUCUACUCGUGCCGCUACGGCAGCACCUACCUUCUCAUUAUGGUGGCUUUCUCUCUCUCUGCUGUCAGCCUGAUAAUGAACGCGGCAAUGCUCUUCGUCUACCAUCGAUCGCGAUAUCACGAAAAGGUGUCGGCGAUAUGCGAGCAGCUGCACCAGGUGACAGGCGUGCAGAGCCGCACAGAUGACAAGAAUGACGCCUGCUUGCAGGCGCGGCGAGAGUCAGCCUUGGAAAAGGUCUCCUCGAUGAAAAAUUCUAUGGCGGCCGUUUCCCGUGAUGGCUCCGACGUACUCCGCAGCGACGCCCCCUUCGCCGUCGGUGGACUGGCGCGGCGUUCUUCGUUUCUGAGUACGCCCGCGGAUGUACAACGGGCUGCUCACAGCGUUGGUGGUCGCAUCGAAUUGUAUCGGCGGCUCAAACAGUUCAAGGCGGUGGAGGAGCAGAGGCGUUGGUGCAUUGAAAUGGAAAGGGGUAUUGAGUUUCAAGCAUGUCUGGCACUCGGCGAAAAGCUGGGGAGCAACGAGGGGCUUUGCAGGCUUCACAAAUUCAUGCUUGACUGGUUUGUCUCUCCGAUCCUCGAUAUGUGCGUCUCGGAAACGCGCUGCAGGCAGCAGCUAAUGUGUGAGUACUACACCGGGGCUACUGCACUUCUCGCUAGCUUAACUGACGGUACAACGGUUGACUCGUUAGGACCUGCUCAGCACCGAGGGGAGGGUGCCGUCCUACGGGAAAAGGUGAGGGCAGUGGCGUCACAACGCAUGCGACAGUGGCAGGAAGUACAGGGGAAGAUGUGCCCUACCUUUCAACGCACCACCUCGUGCACAGCUGCGGAGCCGCGACUGAGACGAAGUUUGUCCUCCCCGAGCAAUUCAGAGCGAAUCAUACACGCGGAGCUGAACGUCGAUGGGUGGAUUCGGAAGUUUGAGGAGCUCCUCACAGCCUACGUGGAUGCAGCCUUCUUGGUAGAACCUCUUGCGAGGCAUACUCUCAAAGCGAAUGUGCGGGAUCAGGAGGCGAACAUGAGCAGCUGCUUCUCCUAUUCUAGCCAGUACAAGGCUCCCUUGCUCUACAGCAGCAGAGACAGCUUCGUUGCCGUCGGUGGUGUGCGGUCACACGUGCGUGCUGACAGCUUAUCAGCUACUGGCGCCGCUGAGGCGUUCGAGUCUCCGUUCAGACAGCAGAAGGUGCUGGCGGAAGGUUCCCGUGCAUCGCUCAGCGAUGUUCUGCAACGCCGAGAGGUGAGUGCACGCGCGGCCGCAGCAUAG